GUCCGACGUUCGAUCGAUAGAGCCUCCGCGCUUGAAAUGUUUGAUAUUUAUGUGUUUUUCAGUUCCGAUCGCCGUUGUGGUCCUGCUCAGGAGACGGACAGGAACGAUGAGCAAUUGCAGUUGAUUACCUUCUGUUUAAUCUGCAGAUGGGCACGGUUCCUAGUCUGGUUAACAGAGGAUCAAGCCCGUCGGGGUUUCGCGCAUCACGGUUGCUGCACAGGACCGGAAGAACCGCGAGACGGCCCUCUGGUUCACGAUGACGUCGGUGGUCAAACGGCUACCUGUCCCGUAUCCUUUACGGAAUGCGGUUCGCAAACGGACCCCGUCACCACUUUCAGCACACGAGUGGCCCAUCACGACAUCGCGUCCGGUGACUCCUGCGCAACGUUCGUUGACACGUACACGCAGAUUUACCCGUCCGCCGGUGAAGUCGAGUCCGACGUCAUCGAAGUAGCUAGCGAACAGGCGCAUUCUGCACAGAUGUGCGACGUGGCCGACUCGGUGACGAGUGUCCGUGUGACGGCAGAACAAGUUCGGUGACGAUGAAGACGAAAUCGUACCCUACGUACUACCGAAAAUGGAAGAAAAUCGCGCCAAAAAUUGAACGUCACCUAUAAAUUGUGGGAAAAUCGGUUUGCACGAUUUUCGAAAUUCAACGACGGCAUCAUGGCAGACCCAGCGAUUCUUUACUCCGGGCCUUCAAAAGUUUUGGCAAAACUGAUGGCUUCCCGGUGUAAGUCGCUGAGUACUGUGAUAGACCCGUUUUGCGGUUCCGGUGCGAUCGCGAUCCAACUGGCCAUGGUCUGCCGCAAAGUCAUUGCAAUGGACAGUGACCCGGUCAAAAUCGCGUUCACCCGGAACAAUGCUCGUGUGUACGGGGUCGAAGACCGAAUCGUCUUCCUGGUGGGUGGUGACUGGCUUGUCGAUGCCCACUCGCUGCAGAGGGCAGACGGUAUCGUCACGUCACCACCAAUGAACAUGACUAAAGAGGAAAUGGUGAAGUUAACCAAAUUGGCAAGUAGGGUGGCGCCGAAAGUCUUAAUGAAGUUAAUGAAGGAUCAUGAAUUGUCAGAUCUGUACCAAUUAGAGAAUAAAAUAUUUAAUAAAAUUAAUACAGAACAAAUAUGUAUUGACAGGGAGCCAAAUUCAAUUUUGGCUUUCCUAGAUCCCGGAAUGAAUAUGAAUAACAGAAACGUAAAUAAGAUACAAAAGAAAGUGCUUUUGUUUUCUGAUGGGGUAUCUGUUAAUCGUCGUGUACAUUGGAUAAGAGGUAAUAAUCUUUUUGCAUACAACGAUUACCUCAAAAAACGUUGA